CACGCAUGUGGUCUCCCAGGCCAAUUGUUAUGUUGGUUCAUGUUAAAAUGUUGGGUUGCAUAGCAUUUGCAAGCAGCACGCGGGGCGGAGGUAGGUUCCCGGAUUGCCCUACGACUGACCACGAUAUGUACAUAAAUAUCAUCGUGUCUUCCGGCCUGCUGUUUAAGUUUCUACAGAUCAUUUCCUCUUUUUCUUUCUUUCUUAUUUCUCUUUUUGGUUUCUGUAAUUUCCAUGACAGGAAAGCGUUGCGUUUGAAAAUCAAUCGCACAAGGCCCAGCAUGGUUUGGCUCAGACGAGUCAUUCUUUUCUUGUCUGUGGUAUGUUCAGUUGUUUCAGCGCGGUGUACCACACCAGGACAGCGCAAAGCAUGGCACACUUUGAGCAACUCUGAGAAACAAGCAUACAUCGAUGCUGAGCUCUGUUUGAUGAGAAAACCACCUAAAACCGCUUUUAAAGGUGUAAUAACACGGUUUGAUGAUUUCCAAGCUCUUCAUGUGCACACAGCAUAUAUGAACCAUUAUGUCGGAGCAUUCCUUCCCUUCCACCGGUUGAUGACGUAUAGUCAUGAGGCUGCGCUUCGGGAAGAGUGUGGCUAUAAAGGCUACCAACCCUAUUGGUAUGAGCAAAUGGAUGCAGGGAAAUUUUCCUCAUCUGACAUUUUCGACUCCGUCUAUGGCUUCGGCGGCAAUGGGUUUGGGAGGGAAGGCUGUAUCACCGACGGACCUUUCGCAAACUAUACAAGCCCGUUUGGACCGGGAUCCGAAAUUAGAACCCAGUGCAUCGAUCGAAAUUUCGAUGAUGCGGUUAGCUUAGGCACCUCCCGGGCACGGGUGGAGGACUGCACCUCUAAACCUAACUGGAUAUCAGCAUGGAAUUGCAUCGAGCUGAACCCUCAUGGUGGUGGCCACAAUGGCGUCGGGGGCCAAAUGGCCAGAGGUGGCGCUUCCCCCGGUGAUCCUAUCUUCUUUCUCCAUCACGCCUGGAUCGACAAGUUGUGGUGGGACUGGCAGGCGAAGGACCUUCCAGCGCGUCUGUCUGAGAUGGGUGGAACUAAUUUUGAUGAAAACUCCGGCUUCCCUCCCGGUCCGCCAGACUAUCCACAACCCGGAGCAAUGCCCGGUGAUCCGGGAAACAUCACCACAUUAAAUCACGUCCUCUUCAUGUUUGGCACUAUGGGCGACGAUAAGAUAAUUGCCGAUGUGAUGGAUAUUCAGGGAGAUUUCUUAUGUUACGGGUACGUAGAUCCAGAGUAGUUUUGAAUUUGAAGCUUUCCUACCAGUUUCGCUCGAGAACCACGAAGUAGACAAGAAUUGCUAGGUUAUUAUUAUUACAUAUUAGAAAGUAACUAGCAAAAGGUGAUGCAUUUACUUCCAGC